GGCAGAGGCUUUACUGUGACGCGCAAGCUUGAUGGUAGAACGCUUUUCAUUGGCUGCACCGCGACUGCGGACGAGGGAGCGCUGCUGUACGCGCGCAAGCUGGGAGCGGACGCAAGCGGGUUCGAAGGCGUGUGCGCACACUCGAAAGGCAACGGCUUUCCGGUGAGCCGCAAGGUUGAUGGGAGAAAGCAGCAUAUUGGCUGCACCGCGACGGCGGAGGAGGGCGUGUACGCACACUCGAAUGGCAACGGCUUUGCGGUGAGCCGCAAGGUUGAUGGUAGAACGCAGCACAUUGGCUGCACCGCGACGGCGGAGGAGGGAGCGCUGCUAAGCGGGUUCGAAGGCGUGUGCGCACACUCGAAAGGCAACGGCUUUGCGGUGAGCCGCAAGGUUGAUGGGAGAAAGCAGCAUAUUGGCUGCACCGCGACGGCGGAGGAGGGGGAGAGGCUUUAA